AUGACUUCCAUGAUUGUACUAUCUAAAAACUAUUCAGAAUCCAGAUGGUGCUUGAACGAACUAUUGAAGAUCCUUGAGUGUAUGGAAAUAGUAAAACAAAGUGUUCUACCAGUAUUUUACGACGUAGAUCCAUCAGAGGUAAGAAAUCAAAAAGGAAGUUUUGGAGAAGCAUUUGCAAAACUUAAAGACAGGUUUGAGGGCAAUGAAGAAGUGCUGAAGUGGAAGGCAGCUUUAGAAAAACUAGCCAAUAUGUCAGGGGUCGAAUUAAAGAAUUACAGGAAAGAAUCAGAAUUUAUCGAGGUAAUCAUUCAAUGGGUGGAGUUAAGACUAGUAAAUGAAACACCUCUAAGCGUUGCCAAGUAUCUAGUUGGGAUAGAGUGUUGCAAACAAGACAUUUAUCAGCAUUUAAGUCUUGAAAGGAAUGAUAUUAUACGAACAAGUUUGGAUGUUUGUGAUAUUGACAAAGGAAUCAAUGUGAUUAAGCACAGACUUCGCUCUUAA